ACCAGCUUUAUAAACUCCUCCUGGGAAGUGGAAACGCAACACAAAUUAUUAACAAUUUAUUAUGUUUUAUUGAAGCAGCAAUUUCAUUAUACAAUUCUAUUGAUAUUCAUUCCUCCAAAAAUUAUCGAUGUAAUUCAAUUCGAUACAACAAGAAACAUCUGACCAUACAGUGCUUGCAUGCUUUACAGCAACAAUUCUACACAACAAAUAAAAAAUUAAAAUUCGAAGCUUUUCAGGUUUGUUAUGAAAAGGAGCGCAGUAGAAAUGGAGCGUCUGACAUAUGAAUCUGCCGUGAAAAAGGCGCAGUUGGUUGAACGGAAUCCUCAUCCUAAUGGCGUGAAUAUAUUGGAUCCAUUGCGCGUGUCCAUGCAUAAUGAGGAAGACAUCAUUUCAUUGGCAACACAAAUACAAAAUGCGGAUAAGCAGUUGAAAGCCGGAACAUGCCAGAAACUUUGUGUGAUACUAGAUCAGAUUAAAAUGCUGCAAGCGCAAGCCAUGCAAAUACUAAAGGAGUCCGACGAGAGUCAAUUAUUGCACAAUGCCGCCUGUAACUUCACAAAGAAACCCGGCCACGUUUAUCAUCUUUAUCAACGCCAAUCCGGUCAGAGUUAUUUCAGUAUGCUUUCGCCGGAAGAAUGGAGCGGUAGUGUAGAUCAGAAAUAUCUUGGCAGCUACAGGUUAGAAUUUGAUUUGUCAUGGACGCCGUUGGAUAAAAUGAAGGAACGAGAUGAGAAGAUGAAGUGGGCUGAGAAAUGUUUGGCAACAACCUCCUUAGCGGCAGGUCCAAUACCAAUGGCCAUUGAUUUUGGUAAUGAUAAAUAAACAAGUAAAUGUACUCUAGCAAAAUUUGGUGUGUAAUAAUAAUAAAAAUUGUAACU